AUGGCAGGUACCCUAUCAGGCAGGGUGUUUACAAUAUGCACUGAGAUCUUGGCGGAGUUGGAGAGGGAGAAGGAGAGGGUUAAGGAGCUUAAGGCGCGUUUGAAAGCUGCGCGGAAAGAGAUUGGCGAGUUGAAGGCCGUUGCGGCAAAGGGGCUUACGGGUGGGGAAGGAGAGGUGUCUAAGGAUGGUGGUGGUUUGGAGGCAGGAGUGAUCGUUAUUGACGAUGAGGAUGAUGAGAUCGAUGGGGACGUAGAUGAUUACGAGGAUGAUGACGGGAGUGAGGGAGAGGGCGAGGAUGAGGGCGAGGAUGAGGGUGAGGCUGGUGGUAUUACUCACGGCGAUGCUUUGGGCGACUUUAAAAUGAGCUUGGUGGUAAAUGGUGGGCUGCGGUUGGUCAUCGAGAACCGGCUUGGCUUUGUAUUGGCGUUUUAUCAGCGAAAGCUGGUCUCUGACCCAUGUGUAACCCUCGAGUUCGGAGUCCCAGGUGACUCUACUCGUAUCCCAGGUGUAUCCAAAAAAGUAUUUAACCUCUGGGCUCAUGAGAGGAACGCCGAGCUUCUUCACAAGAUCUCUUCUCUUUUAUAUCAAACUCUACACCAAACACCACAACGGAAAAACAUGAUAGAUGAACCCGUCAAGUCCAGAGGCUUGGACUCGAAGAAGGGGGCCAAGAGAGACCGAGAGAAGGACCAGAAAAGAGAUCCCAAGAAUCGCGACAAAGACACAAAGCGCGAAGGCUCUCAAACUCCAAGCGGUAAGGGGUCGCUAAACAAGGUCAAGAAGCACGAUGGUAACUUCGAAGAUAUCGCGAGGUCCGCGGUGCCACGUAGUAGCGCAUUCCGAGAUACGCCUCGAGUUUCGGAGCCCAUUAAGAAGAAGAAGCAGCAUAAGCCACCUCUCGAAUUCGAGUCUGUCAUUCCGCCCAAGCCGCCGGCUCCGACCCAAAACACCCAUCGGCAACCGAUGCACGCAGCUUCAGCUUCCACGUCGUCGGCCACCAAGAUCAUGACGGCGUACACCAGCCCCCAGGACAUCGAGAUGGCAGAGAGCCAACUGCGAAUCCAGAGCUUGCAUGGCGAAGAGCGCGUCCGACAAGAGAAGUGGGCGAUCGAGAAGCUAUCUCACCACGGCGCGUGUCCCGCGGGAUACAAGUGGCAUCCUUACAACAAGGGCGUGGAUACGCGUGGUAGGCUUCUCGACGGCUAUCGCUGUCGGGGUGGGAACCAUAUGAUUACCCACGCCAUAGUGGCUGGCGGGAGGAACGACUACUAUUGCUCCGCCGCGAACCUGGCGUUCCUGGUACAGUUGCAAUGGCAAUGCACUGCUCUCAGUCCCCUUCAGACGCCGCCGCCUAUGCGGUACCCUGGCAUGCAAGCACCUUUGGGGAUGAUCAUGGUCCUUGGCCAGCAGCAGUUCCAGCAAGUACAGAUGCAGCAGCCGAUGCAUUUUAUUCAGCAGCCUGGGCAGCCUAUCCUGCUCAAGUUCAACCUCCCCCUCCUCCUCCCCCUCAACUCCCACAAGCUCCACGGCCUCCUGCCGGCUAUGACCUCUGAAAAGCGCAGUCAAGAAAGCACGCCCAAGAUCAGGGCGCCGCAUUCGCUGCCUUUCCAGCAAAUGGGUGCUCCCAUCACCACGGUUCUGGCCCCAGGUGACGCCACAAAUACGAGGAUGCUGAACUACUUCAACGCCACUUAUUUUCAAUUUUUAUUGAGAGAGAGUCGAGAUACCAGGAGAGUGAGCGCAAUGUCGUUGAGAUGUGUAGUGUGA